ACAUUUUUCGUGCGUAUAAAUAAUAAUGGAACGAGAAGAAAAAAAAAUAUUUUAGUCAUACAAAAAUAUUUACUAUUUUACUGUAUACCAAUGCGUAUAUAUAUAUAAUAUGUUUAUAAAGUGGCAAGCACAAUUAAAUGAAAUGGUUGGAGCUAGACAAAGUUUAAUUCAGUUUUCUGGUCCAAACCAGGUAUACUAGGAGAAAAUGGCUAAUGAGUUCGCAAGGAGAAGUGACGAGAGACUUUUAGAAAUUAGUAAAAAAUUGGAGGAAAGGCAUUUGUCAUAUUUGCAAUUAGAAGACACUCCUUUAAAAUUAGAACAGCGACAAAAACUUGAAGAUAUUAUUAAGAAGUAUUUAUGCCUGGUGCAAAAUGAAAGGAAAUAUUAUUUUCCAUCGACUGCAGAAAUUUUUCAUAGAUCUGCAGCGACUGUAGAAAAUUUCAGUGGCUACAGAGCUUGUACAGCAUGGAGUGCAAUUUCUUUAUAUGCCGCUAAUCUUCUCGCUCAACCUUGGCGAAGGGAAUACAGAACAUUAAGAACUUACAGUGGAUAUUACAAACAUGAGGUGGAAGCAAAUUUAAUCGGAGCUGAAAUGAUGUUUGAAUUAAUGGGAUAUAAACACAGUGGCCUAGGAGUUUUAACACUUGAGGGUCCCAUUGAUCCUGAUAAAGUUUCAUUUGUCAGCCGAGACGCAAUUGUUGCCUCUGUUGAGUGUCAGAUAUUGAAGGAAAUUUGGGAAGGCGUCUCAAAGAAUUUCACAAUAACAUGGCUUGAAAUAUUGGAAUUUCGUGAAAAUCAGGUUGGUACACCGGAACAGGCAAUUCGCGCUUUAAAUUAUCGUUUUCAUGAGAAAUUACGUCACAGUCAAUCAAAGCCACACGAGUCAUAUUUGAAUUAUCAACAUUUUUCAUCGCCACCCACCGAUAUAAUAUCGCCAUCAUUACAAUAUCCAUUGUCAGUGAAUAAUUACAAUAAUAGUACAUCAAUAACGUGCGCUCCUGAAUAUUCUUAUUUAAAUGAAGGACCAACAUUUGGCAAUUAUCGUCUUUGCCUUGAGAAUUAUGGUAAUCAAUGUAAUACAUAUGGUUAUCGAAAUACAAAACACUAUGGUGUUCCUUAUCAUUCAACAAUGCCAACUAGUUGCACAUCACGUGUACCAACUGGUUGUUUAAUUGAACUCGAUCCACCGUUACAUUCAAUAAAACACAAAAAUUUUGUCGAUGAAGUUGAUUUUUGUCCACAGCAACGACAAAUUAUGAUUGCCAAUGAGAGGGAAAAUCGUAAAUCAAGUACACCGUCGUCAAAUACAGAAAAUUGGGAAUAUGUCUACGAUGGCCUUCGAAGUAGUGGCUACUCCAAGGAUCUUGGUGAUCGCGAUGAUAUUCUUUGUAAAACAACACGAAUUCCCAAUGUUAAACAUCAUCGUCAAUCAUCGAAAUUCGAUCAAUUUGACGAUAAACUUCUCAAGCAAUCCGAAAAACGUAAAAUGACAAGAUCACAAAAUGAAUUAGAAAGUUUUGCCAAUACAACAUCGCGUUUAAAUCAACAUCAACAGCAGCAGCAGCAGCAACAUCAUCAUCAUCAUUCUCAUCAUGAUUAUAUAAGUCACAAGAAAAAAUCAUCUUUUGACUCAGCCGAUUUGAAAUCGUAUUCGAAUUUUUAUUUAGACAAACAACUCGAGGAGAAGAGUCGUAAAAAUUGUCAAACAAUGCCAAAUUUGAAUAUUUUUCAAACAACACCGACGACGACGACGACGACGACGACGACGACGACGACAAAGGAAACAAAUGAACAAAUUUCACAAUAUUUGAAAGAUUUAAAAAUUGAUCAUCAUCAGGACAAUAAUAAGCAAAUUGAACAACGAUGGCAAUGUUCGUGGUGUACAUUUUUAAAUUUGCCACAACUUUCUAUUUGUGAAAUGUGUCAAAAAUCGAGGCACAAAGGAAAUGAGGAUGUUCCACUUGCAAGUGGUGGUAAAGAGUGUCCAAAAUGUACUUUGGUUAAUGAAAAAGACGUUUUACAAUGCACCGCUUGUUAUGAAGACUUGACAAAUUCUCCCACUUAUAUUUAAAAAAAAAAAUACAAAAUAUUAAUAUAGUUUAUUCACCUUUUAUUUUUCGUUCAAGCACAAAUUUGUUCUUUCGACAAUAUUUGCUGGAAAUUGAAAAGAUUUGAUAAAAAAAAAAAAAAAAAUUGGAGCGCACGAUUGUCCCAUUAAAAUUAUUAAUUAGAAUUUUCAAUUUAAAGAAUUUUAUUAAUUAAUUUAUUAAUUAAUAUAUUAAUUAUUUUUUAGAUUAAUUUUUAUUUUUUGAAUUAGCAUUUGACAAAAUGUCUUUUUACACUCAUUUUUAUUUAACAAAAUUUUUAGCUGCCAAACUAUUUUGUUUUGCAGAAUUUUUAUUUUCUAGUCAUUUAACAGAAUUCUCAUUUAAUCGAAUUUUAUGUGAUUCGAAAUUUUAAAUGACAAAAAUUUCAAUUCAAUGAAUUUUAAUUUGUCCGAAUUUUUAAUUGAUAGAAUUUUUAAGAUGACGAAUUUUUAUUUGUCCGAAAUUACAAAUGACCGAACAAAGAAAUCGACAAAAAGAUUUUGGCGCAAUUUUUUAAAAUUUAUUAAUUAUUGAAAAUAAUUAAAAUAAAUUAAAUAAAUUAUCAAAAACAUCGUGAUUAGGCAAUUUUAAAAAUUUGCACUGAAAUUUUUCUGUCUAUUGUUUGUUCGGACAAAAUAAAAUUCGGUGUCUUAAAAAUUUUAUCAAUUAAAAAUUCGUACAAAUAAAAAUUCAGUGCAGUGGAAUUUCUGUCAUUUAAAAAUUCAAAUCAUGUAAAAUUCAAUAGAAUGAGAAUUUUGCUAAAUUAAAAUUCUCUUAAAUAAAAAAUCAUCUAAAUUAAAUGACUGUCAAAUAAAAAUUUUGCCAAAUAAAAAUUCGGUAGCUAAAAACUUUGUUAUGUUAAAAUUCGUAUAAAAAGAAAAUCUGUCAAAUUUUAAUUCGAAAAUUCAAAAUCCGUCUGAAACAUAAUUACUUCUAAAAAAAAAUACUUCAAAAUAAAAAUUCUAAUUAAUGAUUUUUAUGGGAAAUUCAUGCGCCUCUAAAAAUUUUCUUCAACAAUUAUUAUUAUUAUUAUUAUUAUUAUUUUUAAAAAUUAUAAAAAUUUCUUUGUUAUGUUAUUGUUGUAAAAAAAUAAACUAUUAUCGAACAGAAUAAUUCAAACACAACUAAAAUAGAUUUUGUAUUUUCAAUUUUUUACAAUAAUAAUAACAAUAAAAAUAAUAAAUACUAGUAAUAAUAAUAAUAAUAAUAACCAUAAUAAUAAAUAUUCAAAGAAACAAAAAUGAAUUUUGUGUGACAAAAAAAAUACCACAAUUUUUAAUUUCUUCUUAAUCUUUUCUUUUUCCAGAAACAAAUUUUUUUUUAACAACAAUUGUCGAAUUUAGCAAAAAUUUUCAUUAAAAAUGAAAAUUAAAAUAAGAUUUUUGAAAAAAAAGAGUUUUUGAGUAAUUUUUGGACUAAGUUUUUUUUUUUGUAAUGCAGCGUAACGAGUGUGAUAAAAAAAAGAAUAACCUUCGCCAUGAGAAAUAUAUGUAGUAGCUUUGAAAAGUGUGAAAAAAAUUUUUUGUUAAAUUUUGUGAGAGAAAAAUUUUAUUUUUUUAAAAAAAUUAUUGAACCGCUCUUUUAUUGGUUAUACGUUAAAUAUUUUAAUGACGAAGAAUAUUGAAAAAAAAUAAUUGAGAAAUCAUGAUCUUCGAUUGAUGAAAUUGCGUAUACAAUUGAAAUGUGAUAGACAUUUUUGAGAAAACAAAAUAAAAAAUAUAUAAAUAUACAAAAAAAUAGUAUAAAAAAAAAAGAAUUAACAGUAUUUGUGUGAACGACUUUGUUAUUUCUCAAUGAAAAAAAGAGUCUUCAGUCCUAAAAAAAAAAAUUGGGAAGCAAUAUAUUAAUAAAAGUAAAGAAAAAAUGAAAGAAAAGAGUAUUACAUGUACGAAUCGAAAGAUUCAUUUAGGAUUAAAAAAAAAAUGUGUGCAAUGCUAACAGUGUUUUUUGAUAUUAAAAAAAAAAAAAACUGUUCAAAUGUUAAAUAAUUCGAUGUGUUUUCCAUUUUAAAAAUAAUGUUCUCGAGAAAAAAGUCUAAAAAAAAUGUGAGUUUAAAAAAUUUGUUGAAAGACAAUAGUUUUCUGGCACUAAAAAAUGGAAAGAAUAUAUUAUUAUAGAAUUAUAUAUAAUAUAGAAGAAUUUUAAAGAAUGUAUGAGAUUUUUAACUCUUUAUACUGUUGAUAUAACAAAAGAAAAACUGAGUGUAAUAUUUAAUGAGUUGAAAUUGAAAAUAUUGUUAGUGUGUAAUAAGUGAUUAUAUUGAGAAUAUUUAUCCGCUUUCACCUUCGUUCUUUAAAAAAAAAAAAGAGAACUCUUUAUUAUUUUUGAGCAACUCUUAUGAUAUUACUAAAUAUAUUAAUAAUAUUAGAUAAGAUGAUGAAUGUUUGCAAUUUUAAAGAGAAAAAAGAAAAAAAAGAGAGAGUGAUUAUUGAGUGAGUUUUUAUUGUUGAUUGAUCGCAUUUUAUAAAAAGACCAAAGGUCGAUAGUUUUCUUCUUUUUUUUUAUUCUAAUGUCAUUAUUUUUUAAUACUGUGUUCACAGUUUGAUUUCAAUGUUAAUAAUUUAACUGAUCUUCCACACAA